ACGUGUUCUCCUCCCAGACAAGGACAUCUGUCCAUGGUGGUGCAGCUCAUAAAAUACGGCGCCGACCCGUCUCUGAUCGACGGCGAGGGAUGCAGCUGCGGACACCUGGCCGCGCAGUUCGGCCACACCUCCAUCGUGGCCUACCUGAUCGCUAAGGGACAGGAUGUGGACAUGAUGGACCAGAACGGCAUGACUCCUCUGAUGUGGGCGGCGUACAGGACUGGUGUGGAUCCCACCCGGCUGCUCCUGACCUUCAACGUGUCGGUGAACCUGGGAGACAAAUACCACAAGAACACGGCGCUGCACUGGGCCGUGCUGGCCGGCAACACCACGGUGAUCAGCCUGCUGCUGGACGCCAACGCCAACGUGGACGCUCAGAACAUCAAGGGGGAAACCCCGCUGGACCUGGCAAAGCAGAGGAAGAACGUGUGGAUGAUCAACCACCUGCAGGAGGCGUGGCAGGCCAAAGGUCACGACAGCCCGUCAUACCUGAAGAGACUCAAGAUGGACAAGGCAUUCAGGCAGAAGGUGAUGCUGGCCACGCCCUUCCUGGUCAUCUGGCUGGUCGGCUUCAUCGCUGACCUGAGCGAUAAACUUUCUAGCUGAUCAAGGCUGAUGUACGCCGGCGUCUGGGUCACCGUGCAGUGCCUCUCCAAGUAGGUCCACCACAGGGCCCGCCACUCCAUUUUGGUAGCUCUCCCUCUGGGAAUCUACCUGGCCACCAAGUUCUGGAUGUACGCCACCUGGUUCUACUGGUUCUGGAACGAUCUCCCCUUCGCCACCGUCCACCUGCCCUUCCUCCUGAACACCGUGGCGCUGUUCUACAACUUUGGAAAGUCCUGGAAGUCCGACCCGGGAAUCAUCAAGGCGUCGGAGGAGCAGAAGAAAAAGACCAUCGUGGAGCUGGCGGAGACGGGCAGCCUGGAUCUGAGCAUCUUCUGCAGCACCUGCUUGAUACGGAAGCCCAUCAGGUCCAAACACUUUCGCGUGUGCAGCUUGGCGAUCAUGGGGUUAAGCCACCACUGCCCCUGGGUGGGCAACUGUGUGGGAAGUGGGAACCACCGCUACUUCAUGGGCUACCUGUUCUUCCUGCUCUGCAUGAUCUGCUGGAUGAUCUACGGCUGCAUCUGCUACUGGAGGAUCCACUGCUCCACCAGCUACGCCAAGGACGGCUUCUGGCUGUACCUGACCCAGAUCGCCUCCUGCUCCCCGUGGAUGUUCUGGAUGUUCCUCAACAGCACCUUCCACUUCAUGUGGGUGGCGGUGCUCAUCAUGUGUCAGCUCUACCAGAUCGCAGCUCUGGGCAUCACCACCAACGAGAGGAUGAACGCUCGGCGGUACAAACACUUUAAGGUCACGGCCACGUCCAUCGAGAGCCCCUUCAACCACGGCUGCAUCAGGAACCUGAUAGACUUCUUUGAGGUCCGGUGCUGCGGUCUGAUCCGGCCCGUGUCGGUGGACUGGACCACGCAGUACACAAUAGAGUACGACCAGACGUCGGGCUCGGGCUACCAGCUGGUGUAGAGGAGCAGGGGGCCUCAGAGGGAGGGGCCUCAGAGGGAGGACCCGCCGCCCCCCCGCCGGCCUCCACAUCCAAGCGCUGCUUCUCCAGAGCUCAUCUCCCACCAAUCAAAAGACUUUGAAAUAAUCAGCCAGGACUCGCAUGCUGUUGCAGGGCAAUGCCCCCCCCCCUCCACCUUUACUACUAUCACUACUCUACAGCAGCGGCCCUCCACCUCGCCUCCUCCGCCCUUUUGGACGGUGCGUUGCUGCCAGAGAGGAGAGAGGCCAGCGGACCGGAGGAGUUUCAAAAUAAAAGCAUUUCAGUUUGGACCGGAGACGCGGCGUUGCAGUAUAGCUCCUCCCCCUUCAUAUCCUUAUUUAUGUGCCCUGUAUGUAUAUUAUUUUUUGUACGGAUUGGUUCAGGACGUCUGUGAAAGUGGCCCGGGAGGCGGAGCGAGUAAUUUAAAUAGUUUUAAUCAUGAGUACGAUAGAGAUAAGGGAAUGUCUUCUUUUUUAAAGUCUUGAUUUUGCACCAACGCGGAGCAGGAAGUCGCUCCGAUGUGAUACCGCUAUAUUUAUUAGAUCAAGUAACUACGUGCUAGCGCCACCAUUUUUACAUUUGGUAUCAUUUCAUUUGUUAUGAGACGAGGACCUCCAGGACGCGUUUACAGGAAGCUUCAUUCCACGUUGCACUGAUGAUUUAUUUGUCGUAUUUUUUUCUGUUACUGAACACGAGGCAGGAAGGGGAGGAGUCACUUCUGGCCCCGUCGGCAGCCUGAAGCGCCUGUACAUAAACUGUCUUUCUCUGUAUAUUUUUCUUUCGUCCGUGUUAGUUGAAGAAGCUCCUCUUGAAGAGGAUCAGUGACUCCACUGCUGUCUAGGCUCCUCCCCCUCCCCCCGAGGACUCUACUGCAUGUACGACGGGCCCUCGUGUCCCCGCCCCCCCCCCUGGCCGUCGCCAUGGUGACCGCCAGGGGCCUGUAUAUAGUGACUGUGCUUUGUGUUCAUUGGUCUGUGUUUGUGUGAGUGGAGCGUCUCUUCAGGGUGUGAUAUAUGGAACGACCCGCUUUGUUCUACCACUGGAUGUACAGAGUAGAGACACCAGGGGGCGGGGCCAGAGGAGCAGAGGGGUGGGGCCAGAGGACUACCCGGAAGAGGGGCAGGGCCAGAAGGGGUGGGGCCAGAGGACCAACAGUGAGAGGGGCGGGGCCAGAAGACUACCUGGGAGAAGUGGCAGGGCCAGAGGACUAACGGGAAGAGGGGCGGGGCCAGAGGAAUAGAAGGGUGGGGCCAGAUGACUAGAGGGGCGGGGCCAGAGGAAUAGAAGGGUGGGGCCAGAGGACAGUCAGAUGGGUGGGGCCAGAGGAAUAAGGGGGGAGGGGCCUCGUGUUUGCGUCUUCAUCAGGAGGGUCCGUGUUUCCUUCAUCUUGCUAAACAACAACUUAUUUACUUUCUGCCCUGCAAAAACAACACGCAGCCCAAAGGUCAAAGGUCGCGACUUCAUAUCUAACCAGUAAAUACCCACUGGUGUUCUACGUGACGGAGGCUGGUGGUGGCGUUGGGGGCGUGGUCAUAAGUCUCAUGGGGAUCAUCACAUCAACAUAAAGCACACGUCCUCAGAGCCUCUGCACACGGCACUAACGCUUCAGAUGUAAACACAUGGGCAUGGUUCACUUUUAAUGGCUUUCAUAAUAAAAUGCAGUCAAAUGUG